CAACAGCAACACUCAGACUCUUCUGUUUUCCUUUCUUCUUUGAUAUUCAAUUGAUAUCAGCGCAUUCAUCGCAUUACUCCCUACAUCCACACAAUGUCUCUUCUUCAAACAUCCUCCCUGCGGCAGCUGGCCCUUCCGCUCGGCCGAACUGCUUUCCGACGCUACCUCCAAACCCAGCCCGCCGUCACCGCCCAUCCAUUUGAUCCCGCGCUCUCAAAGGGAUCCAACAAGGCCGACGCGCAGACCGUCCCCGUCUGGAGACGGCACACGCUUAACUCGCAGCUGCCGGACUCGGAGUUCCUCAACUCGAUCUUUGAUUCCGAGGUCGCGCCAUCAAAAGACGUUCUCGCAAAGGCUCUCGACUCGGCAAAGAAGCAGCCUCAGCGAGUACAAUCUGAGCAGACAGAUGCGAGGGCGCCUGCAAAGGCCGCUGCGUCGCCUACUCCUGCUCCUGCCACCGCUACCCCUGCCACUGCAACUGCCACUGCAACCUCCACUGCCACCUCAUCCGCCAAGCCUGCGGCACCCGCGCCAAAGACCUACCGCAAGUUCAAGCCCAGAAAGGCCGCCAUGACGAUGACCCCGAACGCCGUUCAGCACAUCAAGGCUCUGCUAGAUCAGCCCGAGCCCAAGCUUCUCCGAGUAGGCGUCCGCAACCGCGGAUGCUCGGGUCUGCAGUACCAUCUCGAGUACGUUGACAAGCCGAGCAAGUUUGACGAGGAGGUCGUCCAGGACGGCGUCAAGGUUCUGAUCGAUUCAAAGGCGCUCUUCAGCAUCAUUGGAUCAGAGAUGGACUGGGUCGACGACAAGUUGAGCAACAGAUUCGUGUUCCACAAUCCCAACAUCAAGGGAGAGUGCGGAUGUGGCGAGUCUUUCAUGGUCUAAACCAGCGCAUCUUUUUCAUUCCUUUUUUUAUCCUUUUUGGUUGUUUGCAGUCAUUGGUGUAUCUCAUUGCAUGCUUUUUGGGUAGGACUUUCGGUUGUCGUUAGACAGUCAUGAAACGGCGUUUUGGGAAUUGUAUUUUUAUUAUUGCAGUUAUGCAUUGGUCAUUGCAUUUGAUUCUCAGAUUAAUUAAAUUGCUACAAUACAUUAUAUAUCAUGAU